AUGCUCUUUUCUAAAGAUGCAGAUGAUUCAGGACCAAACAUGGCAGAGCUGAGAGGAACACAGAGAAGAAAAGCUCCUCAUUCAUCUCUGGAGAAGGUCAGUCAGCUCGUCCUGCCUGAUGUCGCUCACCGGUUCCUGUUUGGCCCUGAAUGUGAAUUCCCCUUCGCCAGGCUGUUGGUGGGGGCCGUUUUUGGAGCCCUAAGUGGAGCAGCUCUGUUCUUUGGAAUCAGUCACAACAUUUCACUGAGCAGCUUCCACAAAGUUACAGCUGGAUAUAUUUUUGUUGCCCUGUGUGUUCUGGGUGGGAUGCUCUCGUUACAUUUCCGCUGCUCGGUUCUGCUCGUGUUUCCCAGUAUGCUUGGAUCUCGUGGACGCGCUUAUGUGAUGGUGUUUGUCCUGCACUGUCUUUAUCAAGGUCCGAUCUCCAACAUCCAACAUAACGUGCAGGACGUGGUGUUUUCUAUGGGCUGCAACAUCGACCUGCAGAUCAGACACAGUAAGGUCAUGUGGAGGCUGCUGACCGAACCCUUUACUCAGGUGCUGCAGGAAAUAGUGGACGACAAUGUGAUACUUCAGAAAGAGGCACGGAACGUCAGCGAAGGGUUUCAGGCUAUCAGGGACGAGGUGAUGGGGGAGUACGGCUACGACGCUCUGGGUCAGAACCGGACGGAUACGGGGAACAGCACGCAGGAGCAGUACACCGCCAAGACCGCCAUGCGCUGUGACGAUGUGGUGAAGACGGGCAUCGAGCGCUGUCGGGAAUGGUUCAGGGCCAAGUGGCUGGAGUGCAUGGACACCGUUAAAUCUCCCGUCAUCAACCAUUUCGUCUGCGUACCCAUGAAGUUUGAGUUUCUCUGUAAUGUCAUGAGAGUAAUGACGCCGUGGUGUAAGGAUCAGAUCCCAGUGGAAGGAAACUUUGGCCAGACUUUUGACAAGCUCAGUUCAUCUAUUGACAAACUCGGGGAGCAGUUCACCACCGACGUAGUGCUCGAGAAAUCUGAUCAGCAGUCCAUGCUGGCGGUCACGGCUCUGAAGGAUGAAUUCAGAAAGGAGCUGAGGACGUCGUUUCAGGAGAAAAGAGACCUCGUGAAUCAGAUAGUAAAAAUAGUUCAGAUCCUCCUCAGCUUCACGUUCAUCACUGUUUUUGCCUCUGCUUAUGGGUACGCACGCCAGUACAACCGAGACAUCCACUUCGAUAACAUCUACAUCACCACCUACUUCAGACAGAUUGAUGAACGUAGAAACAGAGCGGGUAGGAGAUUCCUGCUGCCGUUAAAGAAAGCAGAAAAGAGCGACUUUAUUGAUCCCCGGAGCCUGAAAAUCCAUUGGAGUGAACUGCAGCUUGUGAUAGGCAGUUUGGUGCAGGUAGUUUCUCUGGCGGUGUUUGUGUGUGUCCUGUUGGCCACUAACGGUGUUCUGUACCACAUUUUUAACAUAAUUCGUAGACACACCUUUACUGAGAGUUCCUACACCAGUAGUCACGACGUCCAUAUUGAUAUUGGUGGAGACUCCAUGUUAGCGAAGCUGCUACGCAGGACCAUCGGUGCUUUUAACACCUCCAGUAAUAUUAAUCUGCAGUCCAGUAAUCAGGAAUGUCUUCCACAACCCCGCGCCCUGAGCAGAUCAGACUACCUGUGGAGUACCCUUCCAGUUCUGCUGAUGGGCGUCAUGUGCUGUCUACAGGUUUAUACCAACCGCCUGCGCAGAGUCAUCACUGCCUUCUACUUCCCCAAGAGGGAGAAGAGACGGAUUCUGUUCCUCUAUAACCUUCAGAUCCAGAGACGCAUCGAGUUUGUCAACAGGCAGUGCAAACAGCUCAGACGACAGCGGCAGGCACCCAAACCAGUGUUGUCCAUGCUGCUGUCGCCUCUAGAACGGCUGGGUUGGGGUGUGUGUUGGUGUUGGGUGUGUACGGAGUGGAUGAGGCAGCGGAGGGCUGUACGUUGCUCCGUUUUAGGAUGUACGGCGCUGUACUGUGCUCAGUGUUGGAGGGAUUUGGGAAGCCACUGCGUCUGCACCUAUCCCAAAGAUAAAGAGCCUCGAGACGGCGACUCGGACUCAGACACAGUUUACUACGUCUGUUAACCUCAUUCACAGAUUCAUGGAAUCCACAAAUAUUCAUAUAAUGUUUUUGUUGUACAUCACUUUGAUUAAACAAGCACUGUCAAAUGCA